AUGGCGCUAAUUACCAUGACAGGUGGAUUACACAUUUUCACAUGCCCCGAGCCGCAAACUCCCCUAACGUCUCUCGAGGGUAUCGCCGAAUCAGCGAGACUAUGUUUCCCUCACAUACUCCCGUACUUUGACACCCACGACGCCUUUCUCGUGGCAUGCUUCUCCCGACACCCUCUUGUCGGAAAGCUACAAGCCGAGAUCAACCAACGCAAAGCCAAGUCUAGAGCGCAGGCAGUUACAGGCAUCUUUGAGGCGAGCGUCACCACGGCGAUGACCAUUGCCGGCGCGGUGCCUCAUAAGAAAUGGGGUGUAAUCUCCACAGAAUAUUCGUGGCGGCCGUGGACGGACGAGGCCGUAGGCGACUUCUUGGGCGUGGCGGAGCCCAGAAAGACUAUGGGUCGUUAUCUCGGCUGCGAGACGAUUGGGGUACAAGCCGAGGAGUUGGAGGGCAAAGAUCACUUAUUUUUGGAAAUAGCGGUCGAAACCGCGCUGAAGACGCUCCUGCAAGGCGAGGACGUUAGUGUGUCCGGAGCGCCUGCUAUUAUCCUUGGCUGUGCGGGCCUCGGGUUGCUAGAGGGUGCGAUCAAGAAGUGUAGCAAGGAGGUUCUCGGUGAGGAAUGUGGGACUGAGCUAGUUAUAGUAGAUGGCGUAAAGGUUGGGAUCGGUAGUUUGAUCACUCUUAUUCGAGGAUUGGCUUAG